CCCUAGACUGCGAGCGCGCGCGCCGCCUCCCCCGCCGCGUCACGGCUCCCAGGCCUGCCCUCCUCUGGUCCCUCCUCCCGGCUCCGUUUCCCCCUCCUCUCACCCUCCCUCUCCGACAGAGCGGUGACUUAAGCAACGGAGCGCGGUGAAGCCCAUUUUUCUCCUUCCUCGCAGCCGCGCCGGGCAGCCCGCGGCGCGCGGCCCCUACACUCCGGCCCGAGAUGAAUGCUGCGGCAGAAGCCGAGUUCAACAUCCUCCUGGCCACCGACUCGUACAAGGUUACUCACUAUAAACAGUACCCACCCAACACAAGCAAAGUUUAUUCCUACUUUGAAUGCCGUGAAAAGAAGACAGAAAACUCCAAAAUAAGGAAGGUGAAAUAUGAGGAAACAGUAUUUUAUGGGUUGCAGUACAUUCUUAAUAAGUACUUAAAAGGUAAAGUAGUGACCAAAGAGAAGAUCCAGGAAGCCAAAGAGGUGUACAAAGAGCAUUUCCAAGACGAUGUCUUUAAUGAAAAGGGAUGGAACUACAUUCUCGAGAAAUAUGAUGGGCAUCUUCCAAUAGAAGUAAAAGCUGUUCCUGAGGGCUCUGUCAUUCCCAGAGGAAAUGUUCUCUUCACAGUGGAAAACACAGAUCCAGAGUGUUACUGGCUUACAAAUUGGAUUGAGACUAUUCUUGUUCAGUCCUGGUAUCCAAUCACAGUGGCCACAAAUUCUAGAGAGCAGAAGAAAAUAUUGGCCAAAUAUUUGUUAGAAACGUCUGGUAACUUAGAUGGUCUGGAGUACAAGUUACAUGAUUUUGGCUACAGAGGAGUCUCCUCCCAAGAGACUGCUGGCAUAGGAGCAUCUGCUCAUUUGGUUAACUUCAAAGGAACAGAUACAGUAGCAGGAAUUGCUUUAAUUAAAAAAUACUAUGGAACGAAAGAUCCUGUUCCAGGCUAUUCUGUUCCAGCGGCAGAACACAGUACCAUAACAGCUUGGGGGAAGGACCAUGAAAAAGAUGCUUUUGAACAUAUAGUAACACAAUUUUCAUCAGUGCCUGUAUCUGUGGUCAGCGAUAGCUAUGACAUUUAUAAUGCGUGUGAGAAAAUCUGGGGUGAAGAUCUAAGACAUUUAAUAGUAUCAAGAAGUACAGAGGCACCACUAAUAAUCAGACCUGAUUCUGGAAAUCCUCUUGACACUGUAUUAAAGGUUUUGGAUAUUUUAGGUAAGAAGUUCCCUGUUACUGAGAACUCAAAGGGCUACAAGUUGCUGCCACCUUAUCUUAGAGUUAUUCAAGGGGAUGGAGUAGAUAUUAAUACCUUACAAGAGAUUGUGGAAGGCAUGAAGCAAAAAAAAUGGAGUAUAGAAAAUGUUUCCUUCGGUUCUGGUGGAGCUUUGCUACAGAAGUUAACAAGAGAUCUCCUGAAUUGUUCCUUUAAAUGUAGUUAUGUUGUAACCAAUGGCCUUGGGAUUAAUGUCUUCAAGGACCCGGUUGCUGAUCCCAACAAAAGGUCCAAAAAGGGCCGAUUAUCUUUGCAUAGGACACCAGCAGGGAAUUUUGUUACACUUGAGGAAGGAAAAGGAGACCUUGAAGAAUAUGGUCAUGAUCUUCUCCAUACUGUCUUCAAGAAUGGGAAGGUGACAAAAAGCUAUUCAUUUGAUGAAGUAAGAAAAAAUGCACAGCUGAAUAUCGAACUGGAAGCAACACCUCAUUAGGCUUUGUUUUAUGACUGGGUAUGUGUGUGUGUGCCUGCGUGUGCGUGUGUGUGUGUUUACGUGCAUGCACACACGUAUACACCUGUGUGUGUGAGUAUGUAAUACAUAAUGUUUAUUGUACAGAUGUGUGGGGUUUCUUUGUGUUUUAUGAUACAUUACAGCCACAUUAUUUGUUGGUUUAUGGACAUACUGCCCUUUUCAUUUUUUCUUUUUUCCAGUGUUUAGGUGAUCUCAAAUUAGGAAAUGCUCUUAACCAUAUAAAAGAUAAUUGCUAAAGUAAGCUUUUUAGGGCCCUUUGCCAAUAGAUAGUAAUUCAAUCUGGUAUUGAUCUUUUCACAAACAGAACCAAGAAACUUUUAUAUAUAACUGAAGAUCACAUAAAACAGAUUUGCAUAAAAUUAUCAUGAUUGCUUUAUGUUUAUAUUUAACUUGUAUUUUUGUACAAACAAGAUUGUGUAAGAUAUAUUUAAAGUUUCAGUGAUUUAACAGUCUUUCCAACUUUUCAUGAUUUUUAUGAGCACAGACUUUCAAGAAAAUACUUGAAAAUAAAUUACAUUGCCUUUUGUCCAUUAAUCAGCAAAUAAAACAUGGCCUUAACAAAGUUGUUUGUGUUAUUGUACAAUUUGAAAAUUAUGUCAGGACAUACCCAAUAGAAUUACUAAACCUCACUGCCCCUUGUAGAAUAUGUAUUAAUCAUUCUACAUUAAAGAAAAUAAUGGUUCUUACUGGAAUGUCUAGGCACUGUACAGUGAUUAUACACGUUGGUCAUUGUAUUGUACCAGUGAAAUGCCAAAUUUGAAAGGCCUGUACUGCAAUUUUAUAUGUCAGAUAUUGCCUGUGGCUCUAAUAUGCACCUCAAGAUUUUAAGGAGAUUUUUAGAGAGAAUUUCUGCUUACACUAGAAUAUAUACAUAAAUGUAAAAUAUUGACAGAAAUGGAAGUAGUGUAUUUUAAAGUAAUUACACUUCUGAAUUUAUUUUUCCUAUUCUAUAGUUGAUACAACUUAAAUGAAUUACUGGAAUGGGUAGUGAGUGUACUUAU